AUCAAGGGAGAAAGCGAACGGACGACUGACUCCGGACUCUAAGCGGUGAGCAGCUCUCACCCGGACGAGUCGUCCCGGCCCCGCGAAGGGCUCCUCACUCCUGCCAGCCUCCACCAGAUCAAAGCCCGGGGAGGCAACUGGGGCUAAAUCCGCGACAGGAUUACAUGUUACUUUGGCUACUUGGCUACUAAUUAGAGAACACAAAAUGAAUAACUCAACAAACUCAUCCAAUAAUGGCUUGGCCCUCACCAGUCCUUAUAAGACAUUUGAAGUGGUAUUCAUCGUGCUUGUGGCUGGAUCCCUCAGUUUGGUGACAAUUAUUGGAAACAUUCUGGUCAUGGUUUCCAUCAAGGUGAACCGCCACCUUCAGACGGUCAACAAUUACUUUCUGUUCAGCUUGGCCUGUGCUGACCUCAUCAUAGGGGUCUUCUCCAUGAACUUAUACACUCUCUACACGGUGAUUGGCUACUGGCCUUUGGGACCGGUUGUAUGUGACCUCUGGCUAGCUCUGGACUAUGUGGUGAGCAAUGCUUCAGUUAUGAACCUGCUCAUCAUCAGCUUUGAUAGGUACUUCUGUGUCACAAAACCUCUGACGUACCCUGUCAAGAGGACCACGAAAAUGGCGGGAAUGAUGAUUGCGGCUGCCUGGGUUCUCUCCUUUAUCCUCUGGGCCCCAGCCAUUCUCUUCUGGCAAUUCAUUGUAGGAGUAAGAACUGUGGAGGAUGGGGAAUGCUAUAUUCAGUUUUUUUCCAAUGCUGCUGUCACUUUUGGCACUGCCAUUGCAGCCUUCUAUCUGCCGGUGAUCAUCAUGACUGUGCUCUAUUGGCACAUCUCACGAGCAAGCAAGAGCAGGAUAAAGAAGGACAAGAAGGAACCUGUGGCCAACCAGGAGCCAGUGUCUCCAAGUCUUGUGCAAGGAAGAAUAGUGAAGCCAAACAACAACAAUGUGCCCAGCAAUGAUGGUGGCCUGGAACACAACAAAAUCCAGAAUGGCAAAGCUCCCAGAGAUGCUAUGACUGAAAACUGUGUCCAGGGGGAGGAGAAAGAGAGCUCCAACGAUUCCACUUCAGUCAGUGCUGUUGCCUCUAAUAUGCGAGAUGAUGAAAUAACCCAGGAUGAAAACACAGUCUCCACUUCCUUGGGCCAUUCCAAAGAUGAGAACUCUAAGCAAACAUGCAUUAAAAUUGUCACCAAAACCCCAAAAGGUGACUCAUGUACCGCAACUAAUACCACUGUGGAGGUUGUCGGAUCUUCAGGACAGAACGGAGAUGAGAAACAAAACAUUGUAGCUCGCAAAAUUGUGAAGAUGACUAAGCAGCCUGCCAAAAAGAAGCCUCCUCCUUCCCGGGAGAAGAAAGUCACAAGGACCAUCUUGGCUAUCCUGCUGGCUUUCAUCAUCACUUGGGCCCCAUACAAUGUCAUGGUGCUCAUUAACACUUUCUGUGCACCCUGCAUCCCCAACACAGUGUGGACAAUCGGCUACUGGCUCUGUUACAUCAACAGCACUAUCAACCCUGCCUGCUAUGCACUUUGUAAUGCCACCUUCAAGAAGACCUUUAAACACCUUCUCAUGUGUCAUUACAAGAACAUAGGCGCCACAAGGUAAAACAUCUUUGCAAAGAAUAUGGGAAGACUACAAGGAUCAAAGAACUGGCUUUAAACCUCUGCCAUUGCACUUUAUAGUCUUACUAUUGACUGUGCAACCAAGGAAGGCCAACAGUGACACUCUCAUACCUAUGUUACAGUUUAAAAAUCUUGCACCUUGUAAACACUGUCCGUUUAAGAGCAAUGAGACCAUUGAAAGAGACAUAUUGGAAUUGGGAAUUUAUUAAGGAGCAAUUCAUGCUUUCUCAUAUUCUCUUGAAGAAGGGCUUCUGAAUCUACAAUUUUGUCAGUCUCUGCACAAAAAGAGUAACCUCAUUAUUUUUGUUGUGUAUUUUGCUUCUGUUGUUCUGAU